AAUUCUCUCCUUAGAAUUCCUCCUCUUAGGAAGCCUUCUUAGAAAGAGAAUUCCUUGCUUCUACUACUACUACUAUCUUGUUCACCUUUGUUCACUACAAACCUUGUGAUACUACAAACCUUGUAAUCCUACAAACCUUGUAACUAGGACUAGUUCAAGCUUUGUAAUUGUUAACCUGUAACUGUUGAGAUCUUGUAUUCACUACUACUACUGUUUAAACUUUAAAGUGGUCACGACUUUAGAAAAAUUGCAAGAAAAAUAGAUUUUAAAUAAAAAAUUUUAAUACAUAUAUAUUAUUUUAUUAAUAUUUAAUUAUAAAAAGGCCCAUUUAAAAUUUUGCCUAAGGCCCCAAAAUUGUUGACCCGGCCUGCUAAUAUCACACACAAUGAAGCUUUGUAAGUUACCAAUGGCUUCCUUAACCUGUGAAAUAGCUUCUUCUUCUUCAUUGCCCAAAUGGGAGUAUGAUGUUUUCCUCAGUUUCAGAGGUGAGGACACUCGUAAUAACUUCAUAGACCAUCUAUAUGCAGCCUUGGAUCAAAAAGGAAUUAGAACCUUUAGAGAUGAUGAAAGGCUUGAGAGAGGAAAACUCAUUUCCACAGAGCUCUUGAAUGCUAUAGAAAAGUCAAGGUUCGCAAUCAUUGUUCUAUCAAGAAACUAUGCAUCUUCGUCUUGGUGCUUGGAUGAACUCGUAAAGAUGGUUGAGUGCAAGGAAGAGACUAGGCUAACAGUUUUGCCUGUUUUUUAUGGUGUGGAUCCCUCUGAUGUACGAAAACAAACAGGCAGUUUUGCAGAGGCCUUUGCUAAACAUGAAGAUCUUAUCAAGAACGAAGAGAAGUUGCAAUCGUGGAGAGCUGCUUUGACUCAAGUUGCCAAUCUCUCUGGAUGGGAUGCACGGAAUAAGCAAGAGUCAACAAUUAUCAAAGAGAUCGUCAGAGAAAUACUUGGUGACUUGAAUUCUUCCUACUCAUAUGUACAGAAGGAUCUAGUUGGAAUAAAAUCUCGUGUUGAGGAAAUGGAGGAUUUAUGUUCAAGUAUGGGGUUGAAUGAUGUUUGCUUCAUAGGGAUUUGGGGAAUGGGUGGAGUUGGUAAAACAACUCUAGCACGAGUCCUUUAUGACAAAAUUCAUUCUCAUUUUGAUGGCAGCAGCUUUCUUGCAAAUGUUAGAGAAAAAAGUGGAAACGGGGGAUUAGUUACUUUACAAAAACAACUUCUUUCUGAUGUCUUGUUUGAAAGCAAUAUUGAUAUUUUGGAUGCUCAACAGGGAAUCAAUGUGAUAAUGAGUAAAUUAUGUUGUAAAAGGGUUCUUGUAAUUCUUGAUGAUGUGGAUCAACUUAUACAGUUAGAAGCAUUAGUAGGCAGGCGGAGUUGGUUUGGUCAAGGGAGUGUGAUCAUUAUGACUACUAGAGAUCAACAUCUAUUACUCAGACAUGAAGUUACUGAAGAGGAAAUAUACAAGGCUACAUUAUUAAAUGAUGAUGAAGCUCUAAAACUUUUUAGUCUAAAAGCUUUCAAGCAAGACUAUCCUUCAAAAGGUUAUGAGUUGCCAUCUCAAAAGGUUAUAUAUUAUGCUCGAGGCCUUCCUUUAGCUCUCGAAAUUUUAGGUUCCUUCCUGUUUCAUAGAAAUCUAGAUGCAUGGGAAAGUCUCUUAGGUAGACUACGAGAAUGUCCUGAAAGUAAAAUUUUAGAUGUGCUCCAAAUAAGUUUUGAUGGUCUAAGGAGAACAGAGAAAAACAUAUUUUUAGAUAUUGCUUGUUUCUUCAAAGGAAUGACUAAAGAUCAUGUAGCAAACAUGCUACGAACUCCCCAUUAUAAGCCAAACAUUGAUAUAGAUGUUCUUGUGGAAAAAUCUCUUAUAACCAUCUCUGAUGGAAAGUUGUGGAUGCAUGAUUUACUACAAGAAUUGGGUAAGGAAAUUGUUCGUUGUGAAUCUCCUAAUGAGCCUGGUGGACGUAGUAGGUUGUGGUUGAAGGAGGAUAUCCUUCAUUUACUAAUAGAUAGUGCAGGAACAGAAAAGGUUGAAGGCAUCUUCCUUAACUCAUCUCCAAAUAAAGAGGAUAAUGUUAAAGUCAAUUUUGAAGCCUUCUCAAAGAUGAGAAACCUAAGAUUGCUUAAAAUUGAUAAUGUGCACCUUCCUCAAGGCCUCGGUUUUCUUUCAAGUGAGUUACGUCUUAUGAAUUGGCUUGGAUAUCCUUUAAAAUCCAUGCCAAGAAAGUUCAAUCCUGACAAACUUGUUGAACUAAUUAUGCCUCAUAGCCAUAUCAAACAACUAUGGGAGGGAAACUGGAGUUUAGAGUGGCUAAGAAUCAUUGACCUCAGUGAUUCUAGGGAGUUGAUCAUGACCCUGGAUUUUGCUAGAGUCCCAAAUCUUGAGAAGCUGAUUCUCAAAGGUUGCACAAAAUUAUCUAAGAUUCAUGCAUCCCUUGGAGAUCUCAAACAUCUUAUUUUAUUGGAUUUGAAUGGCUGCAAAUGUCUUAAAAGCCUUCCGUGCAAGAUUAACUUGGAAUCUCUUGAAAUUUUUAUUCUUUCAAGUUGUUCAAAGCUGAAGAAGUUUCCAGAAAUUGUGGGAAAUAUGUCACAUUUGCUAGAACUUUAUUUGGAUGGGACUACUAUAGAAGAUCUACCAUUAUCAAUGGAGCAAUUAACUAGGCUUAUCAAAUUGGAUCUAACAAAUUGCAAAAAGCUUUCAAGUCUUCCGAGAGUUAUUUUUAAUUUGGCAUCUCUAAAUACUCUCACUCUAUCUGGUUGCUCAAAACUUCACAAAAUGCAAGAGAAUUGGGGGAAUCUUAAAGGCCUAAAGGAACUAGACAUGAGUGGUACUGGUAUAAGAGAUCUACCAUUAUCAAUGGAGCAGUUAACUGGGCUUAUCAAAUUGGAUCUAACAAACUGCAAAAAUCUUUCAAGUCUUCCUGGAGCCAUUUGUAGUUUGACAUCACUAAAAACUCUCACUCUAUCCGGUUGCUUAAAACUUGACAAUAUGCCAAUGAAUUUGGGGAAUCUAGAAGGCCUAGAGGAACUAGAUGUAAGUGGAACUGCUAUAAGAGAGCCACCUUCCUCCAUCUUUUGCUUAAAAAAUCUCAAAAUACUGUCUUUCCAAGGAUGUAAUGGGCUGUCAUCUAAAUCAUGGUCAUGGAAGAAGCUACUUAAUUUUCUGUUAAUGACAAAAACUCCAGAUCUCAUGGGCUUGGUAUUGCCUUCUGUAUCAGGUUUGUGUUCAUUAACUAGAUUGAAUAUGAGGAACUGCAAUCUUCAAGCAAUCCCUAGUGAUAUUGUCUGUUUGUCCUCAUUACAACAAUUAGAUCUAAGUGGAAAUAAUUUUGUUUUCAUUCCUGAAAGCAUUAAUCAACUAUCUAAGUUGAGAGUAUUUUGCGUGGAGAAUUGCAAGAGUCUUCAAUUGUUGCCGGCACUUGGAUCAAGUGCUGACACGGUAAGUGUUCAUGCAAAUGGAUGUACCUCACUGGAAUCUUUACUACCAUUUAAAAUAAAAGAUAAUUCACAAAAUUAUUUCCAUCUUCUCAAUUGUUUCCAAUUGGCUGACAAUCAAGGCCGCUGUGACUUGUUCACUACAAUGCUAAGAGAAUAUUAUCAGGAAUCAACUAUAACAGAAAGAUUUGAUGUUGUUAUUCCUGGAAGUGAAGUUCCGAACUGGUUUAGGCAUCAAAGUGUGGGGGCUUCAAUAAAUUUGGAACUGCCUUCAUAUUUAUUUAAACAAUUUAGAGGAAUUGCUCUCUGCGCUGUUUUUCGACCCCCCCAGCAUCGUCCACCUAACCAUCGUAGUUAUAAGCUUGUCCUUACGUGUUCCUUUAAAGCCAAUGGAAAUUACUUCACUGAUCGUCCAUUCAUAACAUUUUCGAAAGAGUUUGAAACAGUUGAAUCGGAUCAUCGUUGGUUCAUGUAUUUGCUUCCUAAUUCUUUCCAAAAAGAAUUCCUUCAAAUUGCUGAUGGAUCCAGUUGUCAACUUGAGAUUGAAUUCAAACCUACUUAUUUCGCAUUCCCCUUCCAAAAAGAAUUUCAUCAAAUUGCUGAUGGAUCCAGCUGUCGAAUUGCUGAGAUUGAAUUCAAAAACAGCAUAGAGAUAAAGAAAUGUGGGGCCCAUAUGGUAUACGAGGAAGAAAUGGAAGAUCUGAAACAAAGCAGGGGUCAGAGUGAGCGCAGCAGCAGCAUCAUUCCUUAUAAUGAGGGUAUAGACGUUGAUCAUUUUGAAGAGGAUAUCAAAAUUAAGCGUAGUCGUGAUGAUGAGAAUGGAGCUAGUGGAGAAGGUAGCUCUACUCACAUACCACACCCUGAGACUAAGAGAGUACGACCCUCUGAUGGUGAGUGAGGACUCUUAGUGACAGAAAUCAAAUGGUGGCUUUCAAGAAUCUAGACCCUCUUUAUUUGAAAUCUUUCAGUCUACCAGACUGUCUCCUCUACCACAUUAUCACAAGCAUUUUGUUAAGAAGGUGGGGGCCUCUAUAGACUCUCAUCCCAUCUGAGUCCUCCAAAGUCCUGCUGUUGUCAUUGUCAACUUGAAUCAGGGCUCUGCUGUCAACACCAUAAAUUUCCAUCCAUUGCAACAAGCCUUGCUUCUUGGUGUGGAAUGCUGUCGCUGGUAAUAAGUUGUAUACUUUUGAAGGGCAUAAAGAACCAGCUUACUCCAUGUGCCCUCGUAAUAAGGAAAACCUUCAUUUAUGCAGUUGUUUUAUUUGCAAUUUUACUAGUUGACAGUUAGUUUUUUUUUUUUUUUUUUUUUUAACUUUUCAUGAGAGACAUCCAGGGCAUGUUUCUCAUGCCUCAGCCAAAGUUUUAGUCUCAGGCUAUUAUUCAUAAUUAAGCAACUUCACCUAAAUAUUCUGGUGCACUUAUUUUAUACCAAGGCUAUGCUUGCAGAGGGGGGGCAGGGGGCUCAUGCAUUAAUUAGUACAUUAAUAGGAGGCGAUAGAUUUCUUCAUUGCUUUUGUUUUGUCAAAAAAGCUUUCUUCUUUCCA